UUAACUUCAGGUGAAUGUUAUACGUCAUGAAUACACUUAGUGUCAUGAUUACGGGGACGUGUGUAGUUUUGUUAUUUUGCUAAACUUUCGGGAGUACAAAUUAUCGAAAUAAAAAAUGGGUAGCAGAGAAAUAAAUAAGGACUUAGCUGAAGAAAGGAAGAAUGCAACUUUUGACACUCUAGAACUAACCAAUUUUUUAGAUGGUAAUAAAGAAAAAACUAAUCGGAGGAAAGAAUUGGAAAAUUUAUUUUACAAUGAUCCUGAAGUCCAGGAUGCAGUUCCUUCUGAUUAUCUUACAUAUCCAGAAAUGUAUGAUGAUUCAUUACGAAAAUCAUUCCACAUAUUUCACAAAGCUAUGGAAUUGGCUGAUCCACAGGAAAUAUUGUCUAUAGCUGAUGCUAUUUUACAAGAAGCAUCACCUUUAACAGUCCAUUUUGUCAUGUUUAUACCUGCUCUGAUGGGGCUUGCCACUGAAGACCAGCAGGCAAAUUGGCUUCCAGAUGCUUUUGAAAUGAAAAUCAUUGGAUCUUAUGCUCAAACAGAGCUUGGUCAUGGUACAUUCCUUCGUGGACUUGAAACAACUGCAACAUAUGAUCCUGAAACUCAGGAAUUUGUCCUUCAUUCACCUACUUUAUCUUCGAUAAAAUGGUGGCCAGGAGGCUUGGGGAAGACAGCAAAUUUUGCUAUUGUUCAAGCUCAGCUUUAUACCAAGGGAAGAUGUUAUGGACUUCAUCCAUUUAUGGUUCAGAUCCGGAAUAGAGAUAAUCAUGAGCCCUUACCUGGUAUUACGGUUGGAGAGAUAGGACCUAAGGUUGGUUUUCGUUCUUCUGACAAUGGAUUUUUGAAAUUAGAUCAUGUGAGAAUUCCGAGGGAAAACAUGCUAAUGAAAAAUUCUCAGGUAUGGAAACAUAUGAUGUUGGAAUCAGAUAUAAGUGGUGAUGAUAGAAGUGAUGAAGAUUUUAACGUUGAUGUGAACUUACAGAAUGCGUUGCUCUUUGAAAGCAGAGAUAGUGAUGUCGAGGACAAUUCUGGAAAUGUGAUCCCUAUGCGGGAAGCCGGAAGCUCACGUGGACGCGGACAUGGUCGUGGUCAAGGACGAGGCAACAACGUUGCUGGCAGCAGUAAUGAGAAGUAUACCUCAUCCAGUGGAACAAAUCCUGCUUCAGCGUGGCGUUUGAUGGUGAGUGAAUCAAUGGUGAAACACAUUCAAUCAUGUACAAUUGCUGAGGCACAAUGCCAACUUAGAAAUGAUAGUAACUGGCAUGUUACUCUGGAAGACCUUGACGUAUUUUUUGCCCUCCUGUAUGCCCGUGGAGCACUAGGCCAUUCAAAACUUUGUGCAUAUGAUUUGUGGAACAAGAAUUGGGGAUCACCUGUGUUCAAAGAAACAAUGCCACGUAAUCGGUUCCGUGACAUAAUGCGGUAUCUCAGAUUCGAUGUCCGAAGCACCAGGGCUGAUCGUCUCGCCACUAACAAAUUUGCUCUCGCUUCUGAAACCUGGUACAAGCUAAUGGAAACGUUAUUAUGCUAUAAUCCUGGACUAGAAAUAACCGUUGAUGAACAGUGUUGCCUUGUAAAUCAAGAUGUAGAUUUAUCCAGUACAUGGCGAAUAAACUGGACAAGUUUGGCGUUUGGCAUCAAAUCCUGGCUAGCAACUGAUGUAAAAUCGAAAUAUGUUUUGAAUGAUUAUCCUUAUCUGGGCAAGGAUGAAGAACGACAAAUUAAUUUACAACUUGGGGAAAGUGUAGUUCUCAAAUUACUUGAACCAGAAGUUCAGAUUUUAGACUAUCAAGCUCAAAAAUACAAAUUGUUGCCAAUGAUAGCUUUCAGUCAUGCUUGCAAAGCAACAUUUAUAGCCUUGAUGGAUACUUAUAAGGUAGCUACUCAAAAUAUGGAAAAAGGAGACUUGGCUACAUUGCCUGAGCUUCAUGCUACAUCAUCUGGGCUGAAAGCAUUGUGUACUGAUGUUGGAAGUGCAGCUAUAGAAGUAUGUCGGAAAGCUUGUGGUGGGCAUGGCUACCUGAUGGUUAGUGGCAUUCCUCGACUUUAUGCAACUACUGUAGCAGCUUGUACCUAUGAAGGGGAGAACACUGUACUUUACCUUCAGACAGCUAGAUAUCUUUCAAAAGUUUUGAAAGGACAACAACCAGUUUCAAGAAAUUCUGUAUUUGGAUAUCUUUUAGAUGGAGAUAAAACCAUUCCACAGUAUAUUGACUACCCACCAACAUUUGAGCAACUAGUUGCAUGUUACUGUGCUGCAGCACAAAAAACAGUCUUCAAAGCUGCUGCUCGAGUGCAAAGUUUCGUGGAUGCUGGAAAAGUUCAAGAAAUUGCAUGGAAUCUCAGUCAUGUUGAUCUGAUAGCAGCUGCAAAAGCUCAUGUCUUGUACUAUAUAGUACAGAGAUAUGUGGAAUGGGUUCAAAAUAGCACUGUUUCUACUGGGUUGAAGGAAGUUUUAGUGCAGUUGUGCUACGUUUUCCUUUUACAGAACAUUCAUGAGCAAUCUGGGAUUUUUAUGAUGAUUGGAUUAUCUGAAGCUCAAAUUGAUAAGAUGCAUGACUACAUGUUAGAAAUGCUGGAACGUCUCCGUCCAAAUGCAGUAGCCUUAGUUGAUGCUUUUGAUUUCCAUGACAUGGUUCUAAGCAGUGCUUUGGGUUGUUAUGAUGGAAAUGUAUAUGAAAGGCUAUUUGAAUGGGCUCAAAAAACUCCUAUGAACCAAAAACAGGUUCAUGAGGCUUAUUAUAAGUACCUACAACCCGUUAUGAAAUCUAAGCUGUGAUUGAAUGACUGACAAUGAAGAUGGAAAUAAUAAAAAGAUCCAUAAUAAGUUAUAAUAAAAU